AUGGCACACAGUAGCACACAUGUUCUGCAUGGCCAAUGGGAUGCACCUGUGUCCGGCGCCUUGGGUGGCGUCAGCCUGUCUUGGCAUGCGCACACCCUCGAGCUGCGUCGUGGUGCGCGCGUUGAGCAUGUCUAUUCCUUCAAGGAACAUGUGCGCGAUGCAUGCACUACCUUUAUGAAUGAUCAGCCAGCCUUGUGCAUCGUGCUCGAUCGCAUGUUGUAUGUGCACAUGCCGCGUGUUGGCGAGGCUUUCACCGUACCAUUAACAUUUUGCACAGCACGUGUGUUUCCGCUGCAAAAAGGCAUUCUUCUCGUGCGUGAUCAGCGCGCGCACGAUGGCGCCAGUGCUGGUCCACAGGCGUAUUUCUUGCAAGGCGUGUUUGAUCAUCUAUCGAGCUGGGCGCUCGUCGAGUCUAUCCAGACGGAUGCCGUCCACGGCACAUUCCAGUCUUUUCCCGAGCUUGGUGAGCAUAUCAUACAUGUAGAUCCGCUAACGUCGCUCAUCGUCACUGCGCGCGCCGACGCCUUGCGUCUUUAUACGUACCGGACGUCGUCGGAUCCCUUACGGCACACGUCGCCACCAGCGACGCAAGAUCCAGAGCUCCUGCGUCCAAGAAAAGUCGCUCGAAGAUCUAGUGCGCGCCGAUCUCGUCGUUCGAGUCGACAUGUGAGUGAGCCCAUGUUGUCGCGGCGUGUCUCGGACCUGGGUACAUCGUUCUCGAUGCUUCCUGUACCGGAGCCGCGACCCCCGCCACCGACCAACCCAGCAGCAACAGCAACAGCAAAGACAGCCGCAUCAGCGCCAUCUCUUGCUGCGCCUGCCGCGGCUGCUUCAACAACAUCAGCGGCGGCUACGAUGGCACGCCGAGCAACGGGGCCACCAGCUUCGUCCAUGUUCCUCGAUGGAGCUGAUGCAUCACUUGCCUCUGUUGGUGAUGUGAAUCCCCUCUUUUCCGAUUUCGCUCGUGGACAUGCGUAUGUUGCACUCCUAGACGACAUCAGUGUGCCACGCCUCCUGCCACAUGCCAAUGCCAGCGUGAUGGAUGUGCAUGCGUUUUCCAUGGAUUCUCUUCUCUACAUGGUCAUUCCUUCCUGCUCGCGCAUAUUUUGCCGACACAUCAUCGCUGGUCCACGCAUCGCACCGCCCGUACAUACACGCGCCGACGCUGUGCUGGCAGCGCGUGAUGCAUGUCUUGUCUCGAUCGUGAGGCGCCAUGAUGCGAUGGCACUUUUGCAUGAAGAUGGUCGCUUGGUCAUCGCAUGCGGACCGCCGGGAACGGCUGCGUGCGUAGAGUGGGGUCGUGGCAUCGAUGCAGUCCGGUGCCGGGGCGAUUUGGAGGUGUGCGUACAGGGCCAAUGGUCACCACGUCCCGUUUUCAUGCGCCCAGCUUGUGAGCUGACCGCGCACAUCCUCGAGUCGCUGUGCCUGUCCCUACCGACACGUGCGUCCAGUGAGAUUCUUGCGCGUUUCCUCGAGCGCCGUCUCCCCACAUGGCAAGGUCUUGAACAUGCGCUGUGUAUGGAGCCGAACGACCGUGUCCAUGAGGCGGACGAAAUACUUGCGUGCCUCGGUCUUUCUCCAGCCGUACAGGAAGGUUCUUCCAAGGCCCGUUCAAGUGCAGCCGCCGCCGCUGGAGUCGGAGCGGGCAUGGGCGUGGGCACAGCCGUCACUGCUGGCUGUGGUCAUCCAGGCUCGACCACGACAAGCGUCUGUGCGUUUGAUGCGUACGUCGCGAUGGCACUUCACAUGCUUGCGCAAGACUCGUUCCUUGACGUGCAUCGUCGUCGUACACAUACACCGAUACUCGUGCAGCUUCUGCUCCGCAUCGUCGAGCGGCUUGGAUGGACUCGCUGGUCCGAUGCAUGGACACGUCUCGUGCCAGUGGCGUCACAGACGAUUCGGCCGCCUGCUGGUCCUGCGCCGCCCGAGCAUCUGUACGUGCUGCUGGAGCGUGCCACACGGGGGCACCCACCCUCCCUUACAGCGUACGCGGACGAUCUUGCAUCGUCGCUGCAUCUUGAGCCCCUUUCCAACAUUCGCACUUGCUGCACCAUGGCGGCAGCUGUCCUGGACGUGUAUGCCGUCCUGGCCGAGGCCACAAGCGCACAGCCCGUAGCCGAUGCGAUCUUGCAGCACAGACUUCGCACCUCGUGCCUGCCGCCAGGCAUAGCCCUGCCCCUCGAAGAAGUUCUUCGCACAUGCCAGCUGGAUCCGCCGCGCGAUGCGAGUGCGGACAUGUACACACUCCUGCGGCGUGCGGAUGCGAAAGCAGCGGCGUUUGGCGCUCCGCCAGCGACGGUGCCUGCAUCGAUGCUUACUACGCUAGCACCUGGACUCGAUCCGCUCAGUGCGCAGAUAUUCCAUGCCGAUUUCCGACUCCUGGACGUCGCGCGCAUGCUCAUGACGACACACCCACACACUGCGCGCAUGCCGGUCGAUGUGGACGAUGCUGCGGCUGCCGCCUCGUCGCUGCCGACGUCCGCCAUGGCGACGGCCAUGGCGAAAGCGCUCGCCGAACGGACGAUGGCACAGUGUGUGGGCCGGGGUCUCUUCCGCUAUGCGUCGCGCCCUCUGCGGACGACCGGCACUUGGCGCACGCCGCGCCUGUGCCUGACUCUGCGCACACUGCCUGAUGGGAAUCUCAUUUCCGACACCCACGCAGCGAGUGAGCUCGACUGGCCCGAGUUCCACAACGGCGUUGCAUCUGCCCUGGAGAUAGGCACAGCGCACGUCGACUCCAGCUGGAUCUUUGCGCAUGCGAGCUCGUCUCGCGGUGGGCGUGCACGGCAUGCCGGCUUCCUGCUGGGUCUUGGCUUGCAUGGGCACUUGCGGCGCUUGGGCCGCGUGCAUGCAUAUCGGUAUCUGGCACCGCGCCACACGCUCACGACGAUCGGCCUGGUCUUGGGCUUGGCCGCGUCGUUCCUUGGCUCCGGCGACACGGCCGCGAGGCAGGUCAUGGCCGUCCAAGUCGCUGCGUUCCUGCCGCCCGGCAGUGUGCCGCUUCACAUGUCGACGAUCACCCAAGCGACGGGUCUGCUGGGCAUGGGCCUCGUAUUUUGCGAGACGGACCACCGCUGGACCGCGGCACGCCUUGCGACUCAGCUCGAUGCACAAGUCGACACGGCCGAUGCGAAUGAGGCGCAUCUCGACCUGUAUGCGCAAUGUGCUGGCCUGGGCCUAGGUCUCGUGUACCUGGGCCGGGCCCGCCGCUCAGGCGGCAUGACGAGCGCGUCAGAUCACGCGUUGGUCUUGCGUCUGUGCCGCUCCGUGGCUGCAUGUGAUGAUGUGCCGCCCCUUGCGGCAGCACGCACAGCAGCGGCGUCGUGCCUUGCGCUUGCGCUGAUGUUCCUGCGCAGUGGACGUGUCGACAUAGCCGAUGCGCUCGCGCCGCCCACAGCUGCGACGCUCGCGCACAUCCGCCCAGAUCUCCUGCUGCUUCGUGCGCUCGCACGCUCGCUGAUCCUGGGCGACGCCGUGCCGGACGAUGCAUGGCUUCGUCAGACGUGUGUGUGGCAGGACCCGGCAGGCCUCGAUACACCGAGCACUCUCGCCUUCUUCCAGAUCCGUGCAGGCGCGUGCCUUGCGCUGGGCCUGCAGUAUGCGGGCACAGCCGAUGAGCGCGCACGCGUGCUGCUGUUGCGUCAGCUCAUGUUCGAAGCGCCGACGGAUGCGUCGUUCGAGGCACGUGUGGUCCAAGCGGCCUGGUCCACGCUUCAGAAUGUCGUGCAUAUCUCGCUCGCGUGUGUCAUGGCAGGCACCGGUGACGUGCAUGUGCUUCGUGUAUUGCGCGCCGCACAUGGGUGCCUGGACGUGUCGUAUGGGACACAUCUGGCGACGCACAUGGCGCUGGGCCUGCUAUUCUUGGGCGGCGGCCGGUUCUCCGUGUCCCAGUCUGACAAGGCACUCGCCAUGAUGCUCAUUGCAUUUCUCCCAAGCUUCCCGGCGGCGCCUGACGACUCUCGCGCACACUUGCAAGCUGCUCGGCACCUGAGCAUUCUCGCUCUUGCGCCGCGCCUCGUGGCAGCGCGCGAUGUGUCGUCGAACGAGGUCUGCUUCUUGCCCAUGUCCAGCGAUCAUGUGCGUCUCGAAGCGCCCACACUCGUACCAGCUGGCACACUCUCUGUGUCGACACGCAGCCGCCGAUAUUGGCCAGCCUCGUGCAUACUCGACCAUGUACAGCGCCGUGCCCCGAUAGCCGCAUCGGCCUCAUCUUCAUCUUCAUCCUCGUCGCCGUCACCCAUGCACCAAGCAGCACUCGUACACUGGCUCCAUGUCCAGCGGCGCACCGGCUUUCUCUCGUAUGCAGACGACCCGCACGGACACCGCAGCAUUUUUGCACGCACGGCCCGGUCGGCAGUCCCUCAGCUGGGCGGCGAUAUCGACGGCACAUGCAUGAUGCGCGAUCUGGCAGCAUUGAUUCACGGAUUCAAAACUGCGCCAGAAGCGCAGCUUCUCGUCCACUAUGUGUGCAGCGCAAAUGCAGGCCUUGGUGCCUUUUGCGCAUCGAUCCUCCUCGAUGGCCUCUUGCGCGAUGCACCGAUGCUUAUGCGUGUGUACUUGGCACUCUGGACGGGCACGUACGAGCAGGAUGCGAGUGACAGGGUGCUCUUUGUCCACGACACUCAACUUCUCCACGCUUGGUAUGCGUCACCUGCUGAUGCUGUUGUGCGUGGCUCACGCGAACGGCUCUUGCCUCGCGACAUGCUUGACAGUGUCCUAUGGCAGCUCAUGUGUCAACUUGCGCCGGCCCUGUCGGAGGUAGCGGCCUACGUUCGAGGCACACGUGCGCCACUCACUCGCUCCGGCGCAUCGGCGUUGGCGACUCUUCGUGCGCCGCUUCUCAGUGACCUGGAAAUCCUUCGCACAUGCUUUGCAUCGACGCCACGUCCACUGGCCGUUCAUGCACUGCGACAUGUCCUGGAUCACGACAGACUCGUACAAAUGUGUGUGGAUGCUUGGUGA